AUGACCAAUAACAAUAAUACCUUAAAUAUGCAUACGAAUGACGUUGAUAAUAAUGAUGUUGUUAAUAGUAACAAUCAUCAGCAAGAUGAUAAUUAUGACGUAGAAACACAUCAAAGUGACGUUAGUAAUAUAGCCAAAAUAGCAAAAACAACCUACAAAGAUAAAGAUAGUAAGAACAGCUGUAGCGACAGUGAGAAAAAUAGUGAUAGCGAUAUUGAUAACGAUAAUGAUAACGAUAAUGACAGCAAUAAAAGCAAUGACAAUACAAUUACAAUGACAGACAAACCAAACGCCCAACAUUUACAAAAUACACAAGAAGAAAAUGAAGGCAAACCCAAAUACAAGAACAGAAAUAAAUACAAUGACAAUGACAAUAAUAUUAACAUAGCUGGCAACACCGUAGAUAUGACAAGAACAAAAAAUCAUUACACGAGUUGUAACAACAGUAGUAGUAACAACAACAGCAACAGCAACAGCAGUAGUAGUUCUACUAAUAGUAAUAGUAGUAACGAGUGUGAGAGACAAACUGAAGACGACGACAUGCAUUUAAGAAAUGAUACGCCAACAAGAAACUGUACUGAUUUAGCAAAAGACUUAAAAGUGAAAGCAACAGCCACUACCAUCACUACCAAUGUACUGCCAACAAAACACGCCACUGACCCAACAACAACAAAACUGAUCAUUGCAGCUCGACAAGCAACAAAAACAGUUCCAAUAGCUUAA